AUGGGUCAGUGUAACAAGGCUCAAGAAAUUUAUCAAGUUUUAUUUAAUCAAACAACAAAUGAGAGUGACAAAGCAUCGAUUUAUUACCAACUAGGUUGUAUCAAAUAUAAUCAAGGAGAAUAUCAAGAAGCACUUUCACCUCAUAAAAAAGCUCUUACAAUUCGACAACAAUUACUUCCUUCCAAUCAUCCUGAUUCUGGUAGUUCCUAUAAGAACAUCGGUUUGGGAUAUAAGAACAUGGCUGAUUGUCACAAAGCACUUUCUAAUUAUAAAAAAGCCCUUGCAAUUCGACAACAAUCACUUCCUUCCAAUCAUCCUGAUUUAGGUACUUCCUAUAACAAUAUCGGUGUGGUGUAUACGUAUAUGGGCAACUAUUCAAAAGCUCAUUCAUUUUAUGAACGUGCUGUACAAAUUGGACAACAAUCAUUACCAACAAAUCAUCCUAAUCUUGAAAUGUAUAGAGAAAACCUCGAAGGCAUAAAGAUGAAAUUGUAA